CUGCGCAUAUGCAGACUGUCAAAUCAAGGCUCUCCUUCAAUAUAAAGUUGUUUUUGACGAAAGCUUGUCCGUUUGAAAAUAAAUUAUCUAAAUUACUUCACAAACCCCAAACACCGGCCUGGUCUGCUUGGUCUGCUUCGCAAGCGUUCCCGGAAGUAUCGCGAUGUUGCGCCUCUGGGUUUAGAAACUCUGUGGUUUUACUGCCACUCGGAUACCUCUCCUUUGCUCUCUCUCAAUAUUCCCAUCCCCCCACUUUGUGUGGAUGUCGACGUUACCAAAACGCUACUUAGAGAACCCACCGAAGUAAACCUUGGAGAAAACUGCCAGCACUGAUCAAGGGGAAACAGUGACAACACCGAACUCGGCAUAUAAUUAAAGGCAAGGUGCUCCACGAUAACAAAUUCCCUUUGACAUUUGUAGAAGCCAAGAUUUGCAUUGCCAUUUCCUCCUCCGCUCCUACACUAGCAUUGCCCCGAGAAUGGCCGGCGGGCACCCCACCGACCAAUUCAGUUUCUUGUACCAACCAGAAAGUGCUCAGAACCUGAAGAGUAAGGGUAGACUAUCUUCCAACAUGAAUCCUGUGUACAGUCCUGUCCAGCCCGGGACACCGUACGGCAACCCUAAGAACAUAGCAUACGCAGGCUAUCCUGCAGGUUAUCCUCAGGCUCCUACCUACACACCCAACCUCUACCAGACUGGCAGCCCAGGCUAUCCCCAAGUGCUGCUGGUGAAGCAGGGCUGGCCCCAGGCCUCCGGUGCUGCAGGGGCCCUAGAGGGCUCCUAUGACCUGGCCAUGGACGCGGGCUCAGAGGGCCGCCAGUACCAGGCCUCAGCCGCAGCUUUCAGAUACACUGCUGGGACACCCUACAAGGUGCCCCCUGGCCAGUCCAAUGGGGCGCCCCCUCCGUACUCCCCAUCCCCUAACCCCUACCAGACGGCCAUGUACCCAAUCAGAAGUGCCUAUCCCCAACAGAACCUCUACGCUCAGGGUGCGUACUACACACAGCCGAUGUAUGCGGCUCAGCCUCACGUUAUCCACCACACAACAGUGGUGCAGCCCAACAGCAUCCCCUCCACCCUCUACCCUGCCCCCGUCCAACAACCCCGCUCCAACGGCCAUAUGGCCAUGGGCAUGGUAGCCGGCACAACCAUGGCCAUGUCUGCUGGUACUCUGCUGACCACGCCUCAGCAUGCCACUCAGCACAUCGGUGGGCAUCCGGUCACCCUGCCAACGUACCGGCCCCAGGGGACGCCUGGGUAUAGCUAUGUGCCUCCUCACUGGUAGACCCCACUGGACCCCAUUCAUAUCGGGAGUCAAUAUCACUCACAAUAACUCAAGUCUUACAUUGGUGCAGGAGGCCUGGCAUACAAGCACCAAGUCUGUCUGCAAGAACAAAAAACUAAAGUGCAAGGAUCACUUAAUGCAUUCUUUUGUGAUUUGGAAAAGCUGCUUUUUCAUGUUUUUAUUAUUUUUGACCAGCCUCAGUUUUUUGGGGAUUAGUUUCUUUGAUUUUGACUCUCUCUUAUAAUCCAGACACACACUGACCAACAGUAUGGUACAUUUAUAAUACAUUUGUGCUUAUUUUUUAUGUUUGUGUGUGUGUGUGUGUGUGUGUGUGUGUGUGUGUGUGUGUGUGUGUGUGUGUGUGUGUGU